AUAGAGGGCGUUAAUAGUAAUUUCUGUCUUUGUAGGAUAUUUUAUUUUAUAAUGUAAUAUCUACUGUUUUUUUUGUAAAUUUGUUGUAAUUAUGAAAUUAUAAUAAUUUCAUAGUAAUGUCAAUUUAUUUAUAUCUUAAUGAAAUGUAAUCAAACACGAGUAGCUGAAGCAUGUUUCUUAUGUUCAAAUUAAGGUUAUGUAGCUUAACUUCUUCAUUAUAUUUAUAUAGAUAACAGAAGAAAAUAGAGUGUUAUACUUGUGUUUGAAAAGUGUUAAGUUCCUUGUUAUUAUUCUAUCAUGAACGUACGAAUGUUUAAAAAAAUUCAAUUGCAUCUUAAAUGUUAUGGCAACAGUUUUAUGAAACAUUCUUGUUCCAUUCAUUAUGUUUCUAAUGCUCCUUGUUUGAAUGUAUAUAAAAAUUAUUUUUCUAACAAUAAAAUAUUAGUGGGAUAUUUUUCAAAUAAGCGAAACUUAUCGAAUACAUCAAAUACUAUUUUACACCAACAAUUACAUCCAAAAAUAUUUAAAACACCAUUACUAUGUAACAAGAGUGUAGCACUUGCAAAAAUUUCUAAUAAUUAUCCUAUUUCUGCAAGUCAUAUUAGACAAUAUUCAAAUUCAGGAGUUACAAUUGUAAAUGAUACGUUAAGAUACAAUAAUGGCAUUUUUCAAUUGAUAUCCGAAAGUAUAACUGUGGAAUGGAUAACCGAAGCUUUUAGAUUUAUGCAUUAUCAAACAGGUUUACCAUGGUGGGCUGGCAUUGUGCUUACAACAGUUCUUUCAAGAACAUUUAUAAAUUUACCAUUAAGCAUACUUGAUCUUCACAACAAGGCCAAACAGCAAAACUUAAAAGGUGAAAUGAUGGAUAUGGCUGAAAAAAUAAAGAAAAAAGUGGAAAGAGAAGCAGUAUCAUCUCAAUUAAGUCCAGCACGUACAAUUUCUCUUUAUACACGUGAGUUUUCUAAAGAACAAAAAAAAUUAUAUAUGAGAGAGAAUUGUCAUCCAUUUAAGACUGUUGCAAUAGUAUUAUUGCAAGCACCAAUAUGGAUAAGUUUCUCAGUUGCAAUAAGGAACAUGUGUUACAUGUUGCCUCAAAUAGAUCCUGCUACCGUUAAGGACUUCCAAGAAUUGACUACUGGUGGUUUUGGAUGGAUACAAAAUCUCACAGAUAUAGAUCCUUUCUUUGUAUUUCCCAUACUUUUUGGAUCGAGUAACUUAGUUCUAAUGGAAGUAAAUCAUAUGUUAUUUCAUAUAACGGAUUCAAAAUUUCAUAGAAUAUAUAAAAAUUUCUGUAGAAUACUUAUUCUUUGUUUCGUACCUUUGAUAUCAUAUUUACCAUCGUGUUUAUCCUUAUUCUGGGUUACCAAUAAUUUGUGUGCAAUGUCACAAAGUCUACUACUUCUAUCUCCAAAAGUUCGUAGAUUAUUCAGAAUACCUAAAACUGACGUUGAACAUCGGCAUCCGUAUGAAAAAUUGCAAGAACGAUUGCUUGACAUAUUGCAUUUAAAGAAAUCUACAAAAGGAGAAGUUUAUCCUUAUCCAGGCGAUUGCACAAGAUAUCAGCAAUGUGACGGUAGCGGUUGUUUCGUUUUGCAAUGUGGCGCAGGGACGGAAUUUAAUCCAAAUAUUGGUACCUGCGAUUAUCCCCUUCAAAAUCGUCAAGAUUGUACGAAUCGCCAGGAAGGGGAAGAAUUCGACGUGCUACCGUAUCCAGGUGAUUGCACGAAAUAUUUGGUAUGUCAGAAAGGCGUGUGCAACCUCGGAAGCUGCACAUCCACCUACGUGUUCGAUCCUGCGACCGGCACCUGUUCACAUCGAGCACGUGGAUUCGUCGUUUGUGGUCUUCGUUCGCCAAAGAACCUUCUCAGCCAAGGCAGUCCCUGGGCCUUGAAUCUUCGAAAUCUCGAGAAGAGGUUUCGAAGAUUCAAGGAUUCAGUUUUGAAGGGCCUUCGAUACGACGUAACUCAGACAGAGAUUCAAAGGCAUAAAUGUUUUCGAAAUCGCUGA